UCUGCUGAUUCUAAUCCACUUCGUGUUCUAAUCUAUGCAAUUGCAAUCUCUGCACUGUCGAUCAUUGUUUUUAUUGUUUCCAUGCAAUUUAAAUUGUUAAAGCAAAACAGCUUCCGGUUUUAUUUUAUGGUAAACUGAGUGUAACUAGUUUUUUCGUUUGCUCUUGUGAAUUUCAACGACUUUGUGUACAGAUACUGAAAAAUUAGAAGACUUCAUUGAAUCAAGGCUUGAAAAUGUCGGUGUGCAGUGAAUAUGAUGACUACCAAUACGUUGAUUAUGAUGACAUAUUCAGGGAUUUCAACAGUUACGUCAAGAAUGACAAAAGCACUCGAAUUAUGGAUCUGCUAAGUCGGAAUAGUAACGUGUCUUCUAGAAACACUAGUAACGGAGAAACAUUUCUUCACAUCGUCGCCAGGUUUGGAUCUACGCAUGUAGCUAGUUACUUAAUUCAACUUGGAGCUAAUGUAAAUGCUCAAGACGAUAAAGGUCAAACUCCACUUUACCUGGCCAUAGAGAAGUCUGAAGAAAUGGUCAAACUUCUCCUGGACAAUGGAGCAGAUGUCAGCAUCCCUAACAAAGAAGGUGGGGCUCUAUAG